AUGGUUGACAUGAUUAGCACGUUACCAGAUGAAGUUCUAUGUCACAUUCUCUCUUUUCUUCCAACUCAAAUCUCUGCAUCCACAAGCAUUCUUUCAAAGCGGUGGACACCACUGUGGCUCUCAGUUCCUACCCUCUACUUCGACGACAAAACCUACCUCCUCAAAUACAAACCCUAUCACUGCUUUCGCAAUUUCAUAAAUUUAACCUUUCUCACCAGAAAUCUGCACCUACCCAUUACAACGUUUCAUCUCCAAUGUGAGGAUUCCAACUUCGACGUCUCUGAUCACGAUCUCAAGAUAUGGCUCAACGCUGCCAUGCAACGUGGUGGACUUGAGAAUCUCCAUAUCCAGCUACCCGAUACAGUUGCUAUACUGAGGUUGAAGAGCUGCAUUUUCACCUGCAAAACCCUUGUUGUUCUCAAGUUUUUUGGUUUGGAGGUUGAUGAGUUUUCUUUUGUUGACCUUCCUUCUCUCAAAACAUUGCAGUUGAAUGAUAUUGCUUUUCCAGAACCACAAUAUCUCGUGAAACUUCUUAGUGGGUGUCCAAAUCUUGAGGAU